AUGCCGUCUAGGCUGCUGAUUGUGAGGAUGUUGUCAGAUGGGCAGAUUAGGUGGUGUAUGUGGGCUCCACUGGUGUUACUGGCCCUUGUUUCGCAUUUCCCCAGUAAGGCACAGGGUCAAGUUCCAGCCCCGAGGAGACUGCGUUUCAAAGUCCUGAGCUCAAGCAAGCUUCUCAUUUCAUGGAAGGAGCCCAAAGGAGACUUUGACAGCUAUCUAUUCCUCUACAACAGUAUACCAGGUGGUCAGCAGAGGGAGAUCAUAGUAUCGAAAUCUGACACUAAGGUGUUGAUAACAGACUUCAACCCCUCUAAGGACUAUACUGUCACUGUCAUCGCUGUCAGUGGCAGUGAGCAGAGCAGACCACUACAGGGCAGACAUAAAGCUGAAAGAGGUGAGAGUGGCGGGAGAGACAAGACUGAGCCCCAGAGGCAGACUGAUUCAGUUGUACCUCCUGAGGAUGCCAACGAGAUCUCUGGAGUUGAUCAGUUUGUGUGCCACACUGAGGCCAUUGCUGACAUUGUGAUUCUGGUGGACGGCUCCUGGAGUAUUGGCCGGCUCAACUUCCGGUUGGUCCGCAUGUUCUUGGAAAACCUUGUCAAUGCCUUUGAUGUUGGCUUCGAUAAGACAAGGAUAGGUCUGGCUCAGUACAGCGGUGAUCCCAGGAUAGAGUGGCAUCUAAAUGCUUUCUCCACUAAAGAUGCUGUCAUUGAUGCUGUCAAGAACCUGCCCUACAAGGGAGGAAACACUCUCACAGGCCUUGCGUUGACAUAUAUCUUGGAGAACAGUUUCAAGCCCGAAUCUGGCUCGCGGGUCAGUAUUCCCAAAAUCGGGAUCCUCAUCACAGAUGGGAAGUCUCAGGACGAUGUCAUACCACCUGCGGAGAGCCUGCGAAAUGCUGGUGUUGAGCUGUUUGCUAUUGGUGUGAAGAAUGCCGAUGAGAAUGAGUUGUACUCCAUCGCCUCAGAGCCGGCCAACACUCACGUCUAUAAUGUGGCUGACUUCAACAUCAUGAGCUCCAUAGUAGAGGGACUGACCAAAAAAGUGUGUGAACAAGUGGAGCAACAAGACAAGGACAUCAAGCAGAAACAGACACCAGAGAUGAUAGGGGCACCACUAGACCUGGUGACAUCAGAAGUGGGGGCCAGAAGCUUUCGGGUUUCAUGGAGCCACGCCCCCGGAAGUGUAGAGAAAUACAGAGUGGUUUAUUACCCUGCUCAGGGAGGAGAACCACAGGAGGCUGUAGUGGAUGGUAGUGAGACUUCAGUGGUGUUGCAGCACCUCAGCUCUUUCACCAAGUACCAGCUGGCUGUGUUUGCUGUGUACGCAAAUGAGGCAAGUGAGGCUCUGAGAGGAUCAGAAACAACCCUGGCCCUGCCCACAGUGACGGGGCUCGAGCUGUUUGAUGUGACUCAUAACACUAUGAAAGCAAGAUGGGACAGGAUUGAUGGAGUCUCCGGGUACAUGCUACUGUAUGCACCGCUUACAGAGGGAGGAGACUUGGAUGAGAAGGAGGUCAGGGUAUCGGAUGCAGUGACAGAGCUGGAGCUUGAGAGGUUGAUCCCUCACACUGAAUACACCGUCACUGUUUAUGCCAUGUACGGGGAGGAAGCCGGUGAUCCUGUUUCAAACCAGGAAACUACAUUACCACUGAGUCCUCCAAGCAACCUCCAGUUCUCUGAUGUCACUCACAACUCCGCCCACAUCAGCUGGGACCCUGUGCCCAGAGAAGUUAAAGGUUACCGCAUCGUGUGGAUCAAGACAGACGGACUAGUCGCAAAGGAGGUGGUGGUGAGUGGUGGGAACUCCUAUGACCUUUAUGACUUGUCGCCUCUGAUGGAGUACUCAGUGGCCAUCUAUACCGUGUACGACGAGGACCAAUCAGAGCCACUCACAGACAGAUUCACUACCACUCCAGUUCCUGGUCCUAUGAAUCUGAACUCCAAUGAUGUCAGCACAGACAGCUUCCAGGUCAGCUGGGAUCACUCUGCCAAUGACAUCGUUCUCUACAGACUCUCCUGGGCACCGUUGGCAGGUGGCGACACAAAGGAGGUGGUCUUGAGUGGAAGUGAUAACAGAUACAUCCUGAACGGUCUGAGUCCAUCUACUGAGUACGAAGUUAUGUUGACAGCUGUAUUCAAAGAUGAAUCUGAGAGUGACACCGUCUCUGUUACAGAGACCACAUUGGCCAAGACAACAACGAUUGCUACCACAACCACAGUGGCGCGCCAGGCUGUGAGGAACCUUCAGCUGAGUGACGAGACCACCCAGAGCUUAGAGGCAUCAUGGGAGCUGGACGACCCUCACGUGGAGAGUUACAGGGUCUCCUAUGCCGGCCUCAGGGGCGACCGCGAAGAGGAGUCUGUGUUAGUUCCCGGUGGUCAGAGGAGAGCAGUGCUUGAGCCUUUACUAUCAGACACCCAGUACAAAGUGACAGUCACACCAGUGUACAACGACAGACAAGACGGCAUCAGUGUCUCAGCCCUGGGUUCCACAUUGCCACUCAUGUCUCCUGGAAACCUACGUGUGUCAGAGGAGUGGUACAACCGCUUCAGGGUGACCUGGGAUCCACCUCAGUCUCCUACAGUUGGUUACAGGAUCGUCUACCAGCCCAUCUAUGUUCCAGGACCAGUUUUGGAGACAACAGUGGGUGAAGAUGUGAACACCAUGCUCCUCCUGAAUCUACUAAGUGGGACGGAGUACAGUGUUCAAGUGACGGCUUCCUACCCGACAGGACAAAGUGAACCACUGCUAGUAAAUGCAAAGACAUUGUUCCUCGGUGUCUCUGGCUUGUCAACCUACCAGGUGCGUCCCAACAGCAUUUGUGUCCAGUGGCAGCCUCUUCUACAUGCCACGUUAUACAGAGUCUUCAUACAGUCCACACUCAAUGGUCAGAAGCAGGAAGUCAGCCUGGGAGGUGGUGCUUCCCGACAGUGCUUCUAUGACCUCACUCCAAGCAGCCAAUACCAGAUCAGCGUUCACACCCAGCUGCAGGAAAUGGAGGGACCUUCUGUUUCCAUCACUGACAUGACAUUGCCAGCGCCCACUCAAGCUCCGACUGAACCCCCGACAACAGAGCCCCCUCCCACCAUCCCACCUCCUAAAGAGGUGUGUAAGGAGGCCAAGGCUGACCUGGCUUUCCUGGUCGACGGUUCCUGGUCCAUCGGAGACGACAACUUCAUGAAGAUCACGCGUUUCCUCUACAGCACUAUGGGAUCGCUGGAUCUGAUUGGACCAGAUGGAACCCAGGUGGCCAUCGCUCAGUUCAGUGACGAUGCUCGGACCGAAUUUAAGCUGAGUUCCCAUGGCAACAAGGAAGCGCUGCUGGAAGCUAUUCAAAGGAUCAGAUACAAGGGAGGAAACACCAAGACAGGUCGGGCCAUCAAACAUGUGAAGGAGUCUAUUUUCACAGCAGAGGCCGGGGCUAGAAGGGGCAUUCCAAAGGUCCUGGUUGUUCUCACUGACGGACGAUCACAAGAUGAUGUCAACAAAGUGUCCAAAGAGAUGCAGAUGGAUGGCUAUAUCAUCUUUGCCAUUGGCUUUGCGGACGCAGACUACGGGGAGCUGGUGAAUAUUGCCAGUAAGCCCAGUGACAGACAUGUCUUCUUUGUGGACGAUUUGGAUGCUGUGAAGAAAAUAGAAGAGCAGCUCAUUACUUUUGUCUGUGAGGCUGCCACUGCCACUUGUCCGUCUGUUUUGAUGAGUGGUAACACAAUGACAGGUUUCCGUAUGAUGGAGAAGUUUAGCCUAGUAGAAAAGGAGUACAGCACCAUACCUGGAGUUUCUCUGGAGCCGGGCUCAUUCAAUAGCUUCCCCUGUUACAGAUUACACCGUGACGCCUUGGUGUCACAGCCCACCAAGUACCUUCACCCGGAAGGUUUACCCUCUGACUACACCAUUUCUAUGAUGCUCCGCCUACUUCCUGAGACCCCGCAGGAGCCCUUUGCAUUGUGGGAAAUCCUCAACAAGGACAACGAGCCAUUGGUGGGACUGAUCCUGGACAACUCUGGAAAGACCUUGACAUUCUUCAAUAACGACUACAAAGGAGACUUCCAGACCAUCACUUUUGAAGGAACUGAAAUAAAAAAACUCUUCCAUGGCAGCUUCCACAAGCUCCAUGUAACUAUCAGCAAGACAUCUGUGAAGGUGGUGUUGGAUUGUUCUGUGGUUGGAGAGAAAUCCAUCAAUGCUGCUGGAAACAUUACCACCGAUGGAGUGGAGAUCCUCGGAAGGAUGGUUCGAUCCAGAGGAAGACGGGACAACUCUGCUCCAUUCCAGCUCCAGAUGUUUGACAUCAUCUGCAGUACAUCCUGGGCCAGCAGAGAUAAGUGUUGUGAGCUUCCAGCAUUGAGAGUUGAGGAGCAGUGCCCCCCCAUGCCUCAUGCCUGUACCUGCUCCCAGGACAGCAAAGGACCUCCAGGACCUUCUGGGCCCCCUGGCGGACCAGGCAUAAGGGGAGCCAGAGGAGACAGAGGAGAGCCAGGAGUGACGGGACCUCAAGGGCCAGUGGGAGAGAUUGGCCCUCCUGGACCCUCAGGACCGCCUGGUCCUCAGGGACCCAGUGGUCUCUCAAUUCAGGGACCCCCGGGUCCUGCUGGGGAGAAGGGAGAGAGAGGAGAGAUCGGUCCAGCAGGACACAUGGGUGUUCCUGGAAGCCCGGGCUCCCUUGGUAGAGACGGUCCUCCAGGAGCAAGGGGUCUGCCCGGUAAUAAUGGACCACAGGGACGGCAAGGACCUCCUGGACCCGUUGGAGCACCGGGAGCACCAGGAGCUCCAGGAUCUGGUGGAUCAGCAGGGCCCCAAGGAGAUCAAGGACCUCCUGGUCCUGCUGGUACCAAAGGCGAUAAGGGAGAACGAGGUGAUGUGCAAUCCCAGGCUGCUGUGCGUGCAAUUGCACGGCAAGUGUGUGAACAGCUUAUCCAGAGCCACUUGUCUCGCUAUAACUCCAUACUGAACCAGAUCCCCAGCCAAUCGUCGGUGUCAGUCCGAACAGUACCCGGACCACCAGGAGAGCCGGGAAGGACAGGCCCCCCAGGACCUCAGGGAGAGCAAGGCCCACCCGGCAGGCCAGGCUUCCCUGGUAGCAACGGCCAGAACGGACAACCGGGAGAGCGAGGUCUGCCGGGAGAGAAGGGUGAGAGGGGGAAUCCAGGCAUUGGGAGUCAGGGACCUCGAGGACCACCCGGACCUCCAGGUCUGCCAGGUGAAGGACGGACAGGCAGUCAGGGCCCCCCCGGUCGGCCUGGAAGCCCGGGGACACCGGGGAGGCCGGGGAAUCCAGGUAGCACAGGACCAGCUGGCUCACCAGGAUACUGUGACCAGAACUCCUGUAUUGGGUACAACGUUGGAGUUCAACAGGACUAUGGGAAUGAUUACUGAGGAACAUUCUCCAACCGUCCUCCUCUCCUCCUCCUCCUCCUCCUCCUCCUGUGCCCUGUACAUAAGACUAGAAACUAAGGAAGUUAGAUCAAUUCAAUUAUUUCUCAGCAAUCAAUCAAUUAGGAAUCCAUAUUUCUUAGGAUGGAUAAUUACUCCUGACCCUGGGGUUUAAACUUUCAUCCCUGCAGCAGCGGUUUAUGAAUUGUGUUUCUCCUUUCUCCAGAGACUUUCUUUUUCCAAAUGACUCUUGCAACCAACAUGUAAUUUUGGCAGGAUCUACAAAUCAUUUUAUUCACCCAUUUAAGUUAAAAAGCAAGGUGGCUCCAUAAUAGAACAAGUGAUGUAAGGCUACUUUGUGCCCACAUUUUGGUCUGGCGUAAAUUUUUAGAAGCAUGAUGCUCUGUGGUUCCUUAUGAGUAGAAAAUGGAUUCACUUCUGCUAUCAGUCAACUUUCUUGGUCUAAUUGGAUCAUUAAUCUGGCUGUUUAAUCAUUUGGUAAUGUCAGAGACAAAAAUAGAUUAUUUUACCUUCCCUCAAGACCAAACAAAACCCCCGUAAUGCUGCUGUGAUGAUCACCACCACUGAUCCCAGUACCAUCUGUCAACAAAUACUCAUAUACACACAAUGCUUUUCUGCAGCAGCCUCUGCUUCAAGCUCAAAUCUCUUCAAAACUAAUCCCAUCUUUCAGCUGAUGAAUCAGCUAAAUAGUGAUGAAUUGCUUUGAUGCUGAUUGGCUGCAUUCAAUACUGAACAAAUCCUCUAUCUGUAUAUCUCAUAUACUGUAAGCUGGGCGGAAAAUCUAAAUUUUACCCCCUAAUGUGACCCAGAUGUGAUCUUUUUAUUUCUUGAAAAAUUAUCAAAUCUGGGCAAUAUUGGGUAGAAACAAGAUUUUUCUUCAAUAUUCAAUGCGACUCCUAUUCAACUUGUUUUGUAACCUUUUACUAGAGCACUGCCUCCUUAUUGCUUUUAAGUGGUGGUGGUGGUGGCAUUUAAGGUGGUUUUAAUCCCAAAGUCCGCCUUAACUUUGCUCCAUGCUCACACGUUGGUGGUGGUGGUUUUAUGUUAGCUGCGGUGAUCCAGAAACAUUCUCUCAAACUGACCCUGAAUAUUCCCACCACCCCAGUCCAACCCUUGCCUCAUGGCGGCUACCAGCCCUACAACCAGCCGUACAACCCUGCUGCAGUGGCUUACAACAAUGACCAAGGAGGCGAGGAGGAGGAGGAGGAGGAGGAGGGAGAGGAAGAGCAGGACCCCUAUUACCGUGGUUAUCCCCCUGAGUACUACCCCCAACAGGCCCACGGCCACCACGGUUAUCGCUCAAGCCCCACCCACUCUGAGGACACGGAGCUGAGGUCGCCGGGCGUUGCCAAGAGGUUUCCUCGUGAUGUUGUCAUGGAAGAGAGUGAGGAGGGAGGACUUUAGAGGAAGGAUGGACUCACCUAAAGUGCUUGAGCCCUGCACGCCACAACACACACACACACACACACACACACACACACCUGAUAUUCACACAUGGAAACAAAUCAGACACUAACAUGCACAUACACAUUGUUCCCCAUCUGAAACUGUGGUGAGAACCCCCUCCCCUGUGUAUCCAGUGGUUUCCUCCUCCAGGUGAAACAAUGUAAAUAGCUCUGGGGACUCCUGUACAAUAUCUCUGUAAAAGGGGGGGUCCGAAAAGUGCCUGAUCUAUGUUUGCAUCGUCCAGUGGUAAUGUAAAGGUAAGACCUCUCACAGCUGAUUUCUGGACUGAAACCCUUCUUUUUGUGUGAAGCUGCAUGUCUCCUUUGAGCCGACCAUUCAGUGUGUAACUGGACACGUGCAUCUUGUUUUGUUUGUACGCAACUAGCUAGAUUAUUUUACAAUUCAAAUUGAGGACGAUGAGCCGGCAACAUUUGUACAGGCUGCUUUUUAUAAUGAUAAAUCACGAGUCUUUACUUCAGUGUGUAAAGGAAUAUUGAAUUGUUUUAGAAGUGAUUUUCUCCGUACAGUAUUGUGUUGAGUUUGCUUCUUUUGACAGAGUUUACCCCCCUAAAUUGAUGCAUCAACUUUCUAUUGAAUUUUACCUCAACACUGUCGAAUGCAAAUCAAAUUUAGUUUUUAAAAUUAUUUUUUUUUAUUCAGAGAAAAUCUGGCUACCUUUACAUUUCACCCUGCGAUAUUUCACCCUGUUCCUGCAAAGAUGGACCAGGUUCCUUCUGGGUUUUAGUACUCAGACUUGUGGUGAAUUAAGAGGACAAAUCUGUGUUUGUAUUUUUUUGUUUUGUUUAUUCUUCUUAUGCAAAGUCAGGUCUGCUCACCUGGAAGCUAUUUCCUCACUGGCUGACCUCUGAUCUUUUGCUGGAAUGACACCUGGAUCCAGUUAUUAUUUAAAACGGCAGAUUCUAAGCUCAGUGAAACCAAAAGCACUGAACUACAAAUGUAAUGUAAUGUAACCCCCCCCCAGCACUGAAGUUAAGCUGUGAGCUGGCCCUGGUCUAUUUGAGAUUUAAACUAUUGACCUAUUUAACAUUUUAAAUCAUGUGUCUCACCACCACGCCCCUUAGUACAAUAUGAACUUAUUUAUUUUGUUUGCUUUUAUAACCAAUAAAUCUGUUAUGAAACUA